UUUAAAGACCUCAAAACCGCUUGUCCCCUUUCCUUAAAAAGCUGUUAAUGCCAAAAAAGGACACCAAACAGAAGAACUCAUCGUAUGUCAAAAAAGCUCUGGUCUGGUGUGGCCGCCAUUAAAGAUCUUAGACACUGAACUACUCUCUUCUUAACACAAAUCUAGAGAGAGAAAACAAGAGAGUGAAACCCUAGGUUUCUGAAUCCGUACCGAUGGGGAGAGGAAAGAUCGUGAUCCGAAGAAUCGACAAUUCGACUAGCAGACAAGUGACUUUCUCGAAGAGAAGGACUGGAUUGCUGAAGAAAGCUAAGGAGUUAGCGAUCCUAUGCGAUGCCGAAGUUGGUUUAAUGGUCUUCUCCAGCACUGGAAAGCUGUAUGAUUUCGCAAGUACCAGCAUGAAAUCAAUAAUUGAACGAUACAACAAAGCAAAAGAGGAGCAUCAUCAACUGCUGAAUCCGACUUCAGAAGUCAAGUUUUGGCAAAGGGAGGCUGCUAGCUUGAGGCAACAACUGCAGAACUUGCAAGAAAAUCACAGGCAACUGAUGGGAGAAGAGCUAUCUGGUUUGAGUGUCAAAGAGCUUCAGAAUCUGGAGAAUCAAUUGGAAAUGAGUAUCCGUGGUGUUCGUAUGAAGAAGGACCAAAUGUUAACAGAAGAAAUACAAGAAUUAAACCGGAAGGGAAACCUCAUCCAUCAAGAAAAUAUGGAACUGUAUAAGAAGGUAAACCUCAUUCGUCAAGAAAACAUGGAAUUAUACAAGAAGGUAUAUGGAUCAAGGGAUGUAAAUGGAGCAAACAAAAGCUCCCUUAUUCCACAAGGUUUUAGAAUUGGAGAGGACUUGCAUGCACCUGUCCAUCUCCAACUAAGCCAGCCACAGCAGCAGAACUAUGAGACACCAGCAAGAGCUACCAAGUUGGGACUACAAUUGCAUUAGAGAAAUGGGAUGAUGAGCUGUGGACCAACAUGACACUCAAUUUAGUCUGUGAAUACCCACAGUAACAAAAAUUAUGCUUCUACCUAGCAGUGAUCUGUGGUAAAUGAGCACUAAAUAUUUUCU